AUGUCCAAACCCGUUGCUCUGAUCCUUGGAGCCGGAGGGAACAUUGGCAGUGCCCUGGCCAAGAAGUUCAGUUCCGCCGGCUACGGCAUCGCUCUCACUGCACGACGUGUGACCGACGGCAAGACCAGUGAGGACUACUUGAAUGUCAAAGCCGAUCUCAGCGAUCCUGCAUCAGUACCAGCCAUCUUUGACAAAGUCAAGAAAGAAUUGGGAACGCCAAGCGUAGUCGUCUACAACGCUGCCGCUCUAACACCCCCGCCAGAUCCCGAGGACCCCUUCUCUCUUGCCAUUGAGGAUCUAGAGCGUGAUCUGCGCGUUGCGACUAUAAGCGCGUUUGCCGCUGCGAAGGAAGCUGUUUCUGGAUUUGACUCUCUUCCGGAAGGGACACAGAGGGCGUUCAUCUACACUGGUAACAUCCUGAACACCAUGGUGAUGCCUGUACCCAUGGUUGUGACGCUUGGAGUUGGGAAGUCAGCCGCAGCAUACUGGAUCGGGACUGCAGCCGCCGCGUUCGCGAAGAAGGGAUAUCGUUUCUACUACGCUGAUCAGCGAACACCAGAGGGUGGUCCAGUGGGUACUGUAGUAGACGCUGAAGCGCAUGCGGACUUUUACUAUGAGCUUGCCAGCAAGGAUCCGUCAGAUGUUCCAUGGCACGCGACUUUCGUCAAGGGGAAAGGGUAUACUAAGUUCUGA